CACAACCAAUUCCAUUAUUAAAGGGAUAAGCCUCAACCUUGCAACCCAACACAACCAAAAUUCGCUACUUGUUAAGGGCUGCACUAUACCAGAAUGUCUCAGGGAAGAGGCAGUGCAUCUUUGCCUAUUGUGGUCACUGUGGUUUCACUACUGUGCCUUUUGGAACGUGCUAACGCAGCAACUUACUCCGUUGGAGGACCUGGGGGAUGGACCUUCAACACUAAUGCUUGGCCCAAUGGAAAAAGAUUCAGAGCUGGUGAUGUCCUAAUCUUCAACUAUGACUCAACGACCCACAAUGUGGUUGCUGUGGACAGAAGUGGAUACAACAGCUGCAAGACACCAGGGGGUGCUAAAGUGUUCAGUUCAGGGAAGGACCAAAUCAAACUAGCAAGAGGGCAGAACUACUUCAUAUGUAACUACCCUGGUCACUGCGAAUCUGGGAUGAAAGUUGCCAUUAAUGCGCUGUGAUAUACUAGUAGUGCUCAAUACUUCUUGAAAUGAAGUAACUGUUAAGUUAAUGGUCAAUUAACUAGCAUUAGUAAAUGUUAGUGUGUGAUAUUGUAUGUACUUUUUUUUUUUAUAUGAAGCUGUUAUAUAUAUUAAUUACUAUAGUUUGUGAAGCAAGUGGGAGUGAGCUGGCUUGGUAGAUCAAUUGUUCCUGUAUUUGGUAUGUGUUGUGUGGUGGGAGUAUGAUAAUGGUCCAUUAGUCACGGGCUCUUCUUAUUAGACAUUGGAUCUGCAUAUUUUGAAAUUAUUCAAGUCUGAGCCAAUUAUCUGUAUCUAGUGUCUCGGUGUCACAGUGUGUGGUUGUAUUACUGAAUUUGUUGCCUUCAAUAAAUUAAAUUUUCUACA